AUGGAGGUUUUAAGUUUUGACAGAAACAUGUUGAUGAUGAUGAUGAUGAUGAUGGCUAUGAUGUGGAACAUAGCCAAAUCUGAGCUUCACUAUGUUGGAGGAAAUAAAUAUGGAUGGGUGCCUGGUGUUAACUUGACACUAUGGUCAUUGAACGAACAAUUUCUUGUUCAUGAUUGGCUAUACUUUGGAUAUGAUAGACACACUUUCAAUUUGUUAGAGGUGAACCAGACAAGCUAUGAAAAAUGCAUAGAUACAGGAUUUAUCAAGAACAUAACAGGAGGCGCUGGACGAGACGUUUUCCAGCUGACAGAGGCGAAGACCUAUUACUUCUUAAGUGGAGGAGGUUUCUGCUGGCAAGGGGUGAAGGUUGCUGUCGAUGUUCUUGACCAUCUUCCACCCGCUCCUGCGCCUGCUCCCAAAGAAAGUGAUGGUUCUUCAAUUUCUUCCAAAAAGAUAUACCAUUCACUUGUGGGGGUUAUCUUAGUCUUGAUAUUCACCAGUUUUUUGAUGUAA